CAGCUCUUCUAUUUAAUUAAUCUCCAUGAAUAAAGGUGGAGAGAAGAUGAAUUAUUGAAUGUCUUUCCAAAGAAAAGAAAAAAAAAACAGAAAUUGAAUGAAUCUUGUCCCCUUCUGUUAAUUCCUUACCGAAAUGAUGAUAUGGUUUAAUGAACACGUUCGUUGCAAACCACUGUCUCCCUCCUUUUCCUUUUCCUUUUCCAUUGUCGGUCAUCACUGUCCCGGCCUUAAUCGGGAAGGAGGAAGAUCUCGUUCCUCUUUCGGGCAACCAUGAAGCAAAUCUUGAAACUGUGGUCGCUGAACAAGCAGAACCAGUGGAUACUGAAAUUUGGAAUCUCGGUUCUCGUGGUGGGUCUUGCUUUCCGCCUCCUCUUCAGUCAAUCAACCAGAUUCGAACCUGAAUUGGAAGCAGCUUCUUCUUCCUACAUUACUGCUAGAACUUAUUUGCCGGUUUCCCCUCCACCUGCUUCAGUUGAAAUGUCGGAGCCAUCGUCAGAUGCCGCCGUUGAUAAUUUGUCAGUCCCGCCGCCGGCGCCACAGCCUUCCUCUUCUGCAGCAGCUGCCGAAACCUCCAAUUCAACUAUGUCUAUAGAUGGACGGCCGGAUCCAGAUGAAAACGAGGCGCCUGAUGAUGGAAAAUGCAAUCUUCUUGUUGGUGAUUGGGUUCCUGAACCAUCUGGUCCAAUGUACACAAAUGCUACCUGCCGCUUGAUUGAUGGGCACCAGAACUGUAUGAAGAAUGGACGCCCUGAUUCUGGUUAUCUGUAUUGGAAGUGGAAACCCCGGCGGUGUGAGUUACCUGCCUUUGAUGCACAGAGAUUUCUGGAGUUGAUGAGGAAUAAAGCUUGGGGGCUGAUUGGUGAUUCAAUUUCACGCAACCAUGUUGAAUCACUGCUGUGCAUGCUUUCAACGGUUGAAGAAGCUGUGGAAGUUUACCAUGACAAGGACUACCGAUCCAAGACAUGGAGCUUUCCUUCGUACAACUUCACCGUGGCAAACAUUUGGGCGCCCUUCCUGGUAGAGGCAGCGAUAUUCGAAGACUACAAUGGCGUCUCAACAUCUGAAGUCCAGUUGCAGCUUGACAAACUCGACAAGAGCUGGGUCGAUGCUUACUCGAGCUUCGACUAUGCCAUAAUCUCCACUGGGAAAUGGUUCCUCAAAGCUGCAGUCUACCACGAGAACAACACCGUGGUCGGCUGCCACAUCUGUCCAGCCGGUAAGAACUUUACCGAGACCGGAUUCGUCUUUGCAUAUGAGAAAGCCCUUGGCUUUGCGAUGAAAUCCAUUUUGCAAUCGAAGCACAAGGGGCAGAUAUUCUUCAGGACAUCUACACCGGACCAUUUCCAGGACGGGGAGUGGCACAACGGAGGGACAUGUCGGCAGACUGCACCGGUGAAAGCAGGGGAGUUCGAGUUGAAGGAGGUGAACAAGAUCCUGAGAAAGGUGGAGUUGGCCGAGUUCGAGAAGGUCUUGGCGAAAGCAGCUGAAUCUGGGGUGAACUUCAAGCUCAUCGACUUCACUAAUCUUCUAUUGACGAGGCCCGAUGGCCACCCGGAUGCAUACAGAAAUUUCCAGCCAUUUGCCAAGGAUAAGAACGCCACUGUUCAGAAGGACUGCUUGCACUGGUGCUUGCCUGGUCCAAUUGAUUACUUGAAUGAUGUGCUCAUGGAGAUGGUGGUAAAUGGUUGAAGGAAUGGAGUUGACUGUUGAGUUUCAUUUGAUGACAACUAUUCUUUACGGGAGCUGGUUCAUUUGUAUAAUCAAAGAUGAAGAGCAGCUUCAUUCAAGAUACAGUUCUUCAAAUGUAUAGCUGCUGCCCAGAAAGGUUGCCCAUUCUGGGUGUUCAAAGUUCCUAUUUUUUGCAUAGCCGCAUCCGCAGUUGUGAUUAAUUAUAAAGGUAAGUAUAGCGAUAUGAUUGUAAUCUUGAGAUUAAUGACAGUUCCGUUUAGUUUCAGUUUGUGUGGGCCGAGUCCCCACCUCUUUCUCUGUUUACGUUACCGGAGGCUGAUUUGGGCUUCGGCCCAACGGGCCGUGGUUGAUGUUUGAAUGAAUUUUAGCAGGCCUUGCCAUAAAAAUUGGUAAGAAAUUAAUUCUGACAGUCAAUAUCCUACCCUCAAACGGCCAUUUCCAAUUUGAACCCCUCGGGACCUGAAACAGAAAAUAUAUUUUCCCUAAUUUACAAAAUCUCCAUUUGAAUUUUGAAAUUUAUUCCCGUUGCAGCGCUCUGCUUACUUACUUUCCCUCUCCGUAUAAAUCCAUUCGUCUGCUCUUUUCAAACACCCAAUUCCGAGCUCACUCUCCCCCUCUCUCUCUAAGUUGAAUUUUGCAACAGGUUCCUACCACAACAAUGGCGGACGUCGCACUUCCCUCCUCCCCGAUCCCGGCGAAGAAGAAGAACAGCAGGAAAGUCUUGAAGCAGAAGAAGGCUUCGACGAGCGAGGCGAACGUCCUGGCACAGGCGCUCACUGAGUCCUCUCCUGCUGAGAUCCUGCCUCCGCCUUCCGAGACCGAUCCGAUGAAGGAGAACAGCGAGAUCCUCUCCUCGGCCAAGAAGGUCAAGGGAAAGGCGGCCAGAGGCGGGAAGCAGCAAGCCGCGGCCAAGCAGCAGGAGUCCUUCGACAAGGAGCUGGAGCAGAUGCAGGAAAUGCUUCAGAAACUGAAGCUUGAGAAGGAGAAGACGGAGGAGAUGUUGAAGGAGAAAGACGAUAUGCUGAAGGCCAGAGAAGAGGAGCUCGAGAACAAGGGGAAAGAGCAGGAGAAGUUGCAGGCGGAGCUCAAGAAAUUGCAGAAGCUGAAGGAGUUCAAGCCCAAUCUCAACUUCCAGAUCUUGAAAGACAAUGAGCAAGACGACAAGGACAAGAAGAAGAAAAAGAAGGGCGGAGCUGAAAAGAAAAGGCCGUCUCAACCUUACAUCCUCUGGUACAAAGAUCAAUGGGCUGAGAUGAAGAAGGAGAAUCCAAAUGCUGAUUUUAAAGAAGUCUCUGUCAUUCUGGGAGCUAAGUGGAAGACCGUGAGUGCAGAGGAGAAGAAGCCGUACGAGGAGAAGUAUCAGGCUGAAAAGGAAGCCUAUCUGCAGGUGAUGGCAAAGGAGAAGCGCGAGACUGAGGCCAUGAAGCUUCUGGAAGAUGAUCAGAAGCAGAAGACAGCCAUGGAGUUGCUUGAACAGUACCUUCAGUUCAAGCAUGAAGUUGAGGAUCAAGGGAACAAGAAAACCAAGAAAGAGAAGGACCCAUUGAAGCCAAAGCAACCAAUGUCAGCUUUCUUCAUCUACAGUAACGAAAGAAGGUCUGCACUUGUUGCCGAGAACAAGACUAUUCUUGAGGUUGGGGGUGAUUGGCAGGUUGCAAAGAUUACUGGUGAAGAAUGGAAAAACAUGACUGAGAAGAAGAAAGCUCCUUAUGAAGAGAUUGCAAAGAAGAACAAGGAGAAUUAUUUGAUUGAGAUGGAGGCUUACAAGCUGAAAAAGGAGGAAGAAGCUUCACAUAUCAAGAAGGAAGAGGAAGAACUGUUGAAACUUCAUAAGCAGGAAGCCAUGCAACUGCUGAAGAAGAAGGAGAAGACAGAGAACAUAAUCAAGAAAACCAAAGAGAUCAAACAGAAGAAGAAGAAGGACCAGACUGUAGACCCUAACAAGCCAAAGAAGCCUGCAUCCUCUUUCUUAUUGUUCAGCAAGGAAACAAGGAAAAGCUUGAUGGAGGAGCGCCCUGGAACCAACAACUCCACCAUCACUGCACUUAUCUCUGUCAAAUGGAAGGAACUGAGUGAGGAGGAGAGGCAAGUCUGGAACUCGAAAGCAGCAGAAGCCAUGGAUGCUUACAAGAAGGAAAUGGAAGAGUACAACAAGUCAUGUGCUGCUGCCGCCGGGACCUCAGCCUAGAAUCACUCAGCAGAAGUGGUAAUAGUGUUAGUUGACCAUAACAACACAAUGAUGUUCAAAGUGUCGGGUUGAACAUCAAUCAUCAAUUGGGGGUAGUGGAAUUAGGACUCUUAAGGCUGUAACUGGGAGGGGUUUAAUUCUAGGGAUCUGACCUUAUGAUUCUGCGGUCUUGUGAUGGUGAUUGUUUGAUGAUGCAAAUUAGAGAACCAAAUGACCUAGUAUUCAAUUCAAUACUUGGACUGCAAUUACUUCUUGUUCAUUCUUCCCUAAAACAUCAGUAUUUCUUGUUCGCUAUCCCAAAUAACGUACUACCC